AUGGCGAUACGAGAGGAACUCGUCGCUUCGGCGGCACAAUUCCUGCUUGACCCGAGCGUCGCGAACUCAUCGGUCGAUAACCGCGUUUCCUUCCUCCGAACCAAGAACCUUACACAAGAGGAAAUCGAUGCGGCACUCGCCCGCGUGGGUGUGCAGUCACCAGCCGGUACUGCACCACCGCCAGCCAUGAGCAGCCCGUACCAGAACAGCCCGCAACAGUACUACGGCCAACCAUACGCGCCGCAACAUGCCGCCUGGCAGCCGGCCCCGCCUCCGCCAAAGCGGGACUGGAGGGACUGGUUCAUCAUGGCGACGGUCGUGGGCGGUGUCAGCUACGGAGUAUACGAGCUGACCAAGCGCUAUGUGUACCCUCUUAUCGCACCACCAACCCCCGAACGCCUAGAACAGGACAAGAAGACGAUUGAAGAGCAGUUUGACGGGGCCUUUGCGCUAGUGGAGCAGCUGGCAAAGGACACGGAAGCGCUCAAGGCGGCGGAACAGGAGCGAACUGAGCGGCUGGACACGGCCCUUUCGGAUUUCGAGGGCGUUAUCAACGAGCUCAAGUCGGCAAACAAACGCCGCGACGACGAGGCGCAGCGGAUCCGCGAUGAUGUGUACAACCUCAAGGAUGCCAUCCCCAAGGCUCUCGAGACGCAAAAGGACCUGACGGAUCAGAGGCUGCGCGAGAUCAACGCCGAGCUGACGAGCCUGAAAACGCUCAUCUCGCAACGCAUGACCGCUCCCUCGCCAUCGCCCACGCCGGUCAACGGCUACCUCCGCCCGAACAGCACCAGCGGAACGCCGGCGACGCCGAGCGGCAACAAGUCGGCGUCGGUGGCUGACGAGAAGCCAUCGCCCGAGCCGACGACGCCCUCGACCGCCGAGCCGGCCAAGCCCAACAACUUCAGCAGUGCCGGUAAGAGCCUCGCGCUCGGCGGUUCGGGUGCCAAGGCUUCCAUCCCCGCCUGGCAGAUGGCCAUGGCGAACAAGUCGACCAACUCUUCAUCAGCUGCCAGCAGCGGCGACGUCGCGGGCGCUUCCCAGGCUCAGGCUGGUGGCUCUGCUUGA